AUGUGGUCUACGUCAUGGUUGUUYAUACUUGCGUCCUUCGUCAUAGUUACUGGAAACAUUUCCGUUUUGGUCAUAUUCACAACCAGCCCAUCACUGCGCAGCCGCAAGUACAUAUUYAUGAUGAACCUAGCCGUGGUGGACUUACUUGUGGGACUGAUAUCAGCACCCAUGAUGCUUUGCUUGACGGAGAGGUUCACCUUUGUAGACUUAACCUUCAACACGGUCUUUYGCAUACAAGACAUUUGGUUUGGAACCACAUCUGUAUUGGGUUUGUCUGCUAUUGCCAUCGAAAGAGCCUUUGCAACAUAUGCGCCGUUCAAACAUCGUACACUCAGUUACUUCCCUUAUAUCGUAGUUGUGUCCCUUACUUGGGUUCUGGGACUGGUCUGCGCUCUGGUUUCAUCGUCGUUCGUUCCACAGAAAACACUAUUGAUUAAGUUGCUUGCAAGUGCUAUACCARUUAUGGGAUCGCUAUUAUCCAUCAUAAUUGCAUACCUCCUUAUAUGGGUCAAAAUCAGUUGUGUGCAAAAGGUAGCAAACCGUCGUAACACCGUCCAUCAUGAACGCGAAAACAAAUUGACCAUUACUCUACUGAUGGUGACUAUUGUCAGUGUAAUUGCAUGGUUCCCACUCCAGGUCGUUAUGAUUCAUGGAUGGCUGUGUAACUGGUGCAUAAGCUACACUGCUUCGACUAUGGAUGUCAUUAAGUGCCUUCACUACAGCAACUCAUUAGCAAAUCCGAUCAUCUAUGCAAUGCGCAUGCGCGAAUUCAAGGAUGCAAUGUUACGCCGAUGUCGAAUAUCCCAUAAUAGAGUUUCUCCAGUUUUCACUAUCAAUCAUGUAUCUUACUGA